UCUCUCUCUCUGAUUCUGCGCCAAACCUUCUACUCUGUUCAAUUCCAAAUUCGACUUGAUCUCUCUCUAUCUCUCUCUCCAAAGCAUUUUGUGAAGGUCCUCUCCUCACGCUUGGAUCAAUUCCUAACUCAAAGAAACUGUUUUCAUUUCUUUCUUCAGAUGAAGAAUUUAGGUCUAGUUAGGUUCUGACUCUGGGAAUUCCAACUGGCAAAAUCCGUAAAUAACCGUCAGAGCUGGGGGCAAAUCAGUCUGCGCGUCACCGAAGCCCGGCGGGGGCGGAAUCCGGUGCGGGACUCUGGUUCUUUCUCCGCCCUCACAAUGCGCCUCGUCACCACUCCCUUGCCUACCUCGACUCUGUGAACCGUAUCGCACCCGAUCGCUACCGCACAGUGCGCCCACCGCGACCGACCCCAAUGGAUUCCUCUAUUCACAGUUCCCAAUCGACCCCUCCCCCUCUGGAAGAGCCCGAGUACUUGGCCCGCUACCUCGUCAUCAAGCACUCCUGGCGCGGUCGAUACAAGCGCAUACUAUGCGUCUCCAGCGUCUCUAUAGUCACCCUCGACCCCUCCACGCUCGCCGUCACCAACUCCUACGAUGUCGCCACCGAUUUCGAGGGCGCCGUGCCGAUAAUCGGCCGCGACGACAAUUCGAACGAGUUCAAUCUCAGCGUGCGAACCGACGGGCGUGGCAAAUUCAGGGCGAUUAAGUUUUCGUCACGGUAUAAGGCGAGUAUACUGACGGAAUUGCAUAGGAUUCGGUGGAAUAGGCUCAACGCCGUGGCCGAGUUUCCGGUGUUACAUCUGCGGCGGCGGACCACAGAGUGGGUUCCUUUUAAAUUGAAAGUUACUCAUGUUGGUGUCGAAAUUAUUGAUUUAAAAUCUGGAGACCUUCGCUGGUGCUUGGAUUUUAGAGACAUGGAUUCCCCUGCCAUCAUUCUUCUUUCUGAUGCUUAUGGGAAGAAAAGUGUUGAACAUGGAGGUUUUGUGUACGGAAAUAAGCCUGAGUACGCUGGCAGAGUCUGA